AUGGAAAAAUAUCCUAAUUCAGGUCAAAUCGAUGGUGAAAUUAAAGCCCUAAAAGAGUUAGACUAAAUUGGAGGUAUCCCAAAUUUAAUACACCACGGAAUGACCUCAGAGAAUAAGUGCUUUCUUAUUUUGCCUCUACUAAACUGUAGCUUGCGUGAAUUAGUGAAAUCUUAAUAGUUAUCUUUAUCUUAAACAUUGGCUAUAGGAUUGAGUCUCAUUGAAACUUUGGAAAAAGUUCAUUAAAAAAACAUUUUGCAUUUGGAUAUUAAACUAGAAAAUAUUAUGGUAUCAUAGAAAUUAUAAAAAAAUUCAAAAGAGUAACUUCUUUAGCCUGGAUUUAUUCAACUUAUAGAUUUUGGGUUGUCUCAAACUUUAGGAAAUUCAAAAUUCUUAAAAAAUGUAUUUAUUGGUUCAUUGAACUUCGCCAGCAGAGCAUCCCACAAAGGAGAGUCAUUAGGGUAUAAAGAUGACUUAGAAAGUCUAUUUUAUGUGUUAGUCUAUUUGAGAAAUUGUAAAUUGCCGUGGUCUCAAAAGCCUUCUAUGGGAUGUAAAAAUAUGGAUAUCAAAUUCAUAGGAGAAAUGAAGGCAUCCAUAUUUAAUACUAUGGUAUUAUGCCAAAAAUUUCCUUUGGAAUUCUCCAAAUUUAUGCAAUACAUUGAUGAACUCAAACAUUAUUAAAUGCCAGAUUAUACUUACAUUAAGGAAUUGUUUAUAAAAAUGUUGCAAAAUACAUCUUUAUCACCAAUAAUGGACUAAUUUUUGAAUUACUCUCCUGUUCAAUCGAUUAAUCAACUUGGGAGUUCGGAGAAGAUUCUGAUUCGAGUUGAAUAAAAUCUUCCAAACAACAAUUCAAUAGAAACUUAAAUUUAAGAUGAUAUAAUAGAUGUCGAAGCUAAAGUCGUGCAUUUAUCUGACUUGAUUGGAAAAUACACAACCAUUUAAAUCAAGUCUAUUUAGACAUUAAAUAUUGAAUAUGAUUAUAAUUCUUCUAAUUUAUGUAUAACAAAAUGA